CCUCCGGCGGCCGCCGUCGCGCCAUCUUCUGAGCAGGUUGUUUGCGGCCGGCCGCGUCAGUCGUCGGGUUCCGGUCGUGCGCAGGUGUCAGCGCGUUGGGCGGGUGCGGCCGGCGCCAUGGAGCCCCCGGCCAGCCCCGACCUCUCACAGCAGGCGGACGAGGACUGGGGAUCUGCCUUGUUAUCGGAGCUUGGCUACUUCCCCGACACCGAGGACCCGCUGCUGGACACAGGCAAUGAGCUGUAUGAAAGCACUUUUGAUAAUCUCGAUUUUGACUUGGAUCUGAUGCCCUGGGAGGCCGGCGUCUGGGACCUCAGUAGGCCACCAUGCACAGUGGAUGACAUCAAGACAGAACCUCUGUUCCUGUCCCCAGCUGCCUCGCCCUGCUCUGUCCCGUCUCCUGAGUCUGUGGUCUCCUCCACUUCCUCCUCCACACAACAUGUGCCUGAGGAGCUGGAUCUGUCCUCGGCAUCCCAGCUGUCCCCCCUCUCCCUGUAUGGUGACAGCUCUUCCAUGAAGGAGGACAAACCGGCCAUCGGCCUCCAGAGCAAGACGGAAAAUGGGCCCAUUCUGAAGAGAAAAGUGCAGGCGAGUUCGAAGCCUUUGAUCCAGCCCAAGCCCCUGUUACUUCCGGCGGCACCCAAGGCCUUGGCGCGCAGCAAUGUCCCUGCCAAGGCCAUCCUGAUCCAGGCGCUGCCCACAGUCGUGCCCCUGGCCAAGCAGCAGCCCCUCAUCAGCAUCCACCCAGCACCCCCUAAAGCGCAGACUGUGGUGCUCUCCCAGCCCACUGUGGUGCAGCUGCAGGCGCCCCAAGUGCUGCCCUGUGCCCAGCCUAUGUUGGCCGUGGCUGGAGGAGCUGCACCGCUGCCCAACCAUGUGAUGAACGUGGUGCCUGUGCCAGGAGCUGGUAGCCCCAAGAGCGGGAAACUGUCACUGGCCAAGCCAAUGCUGCCUAGUCCCUCGAGGAGUGCAGGCUCUGACGUGGCCUUGCUGCGUCGGCAGCAACGCAUGAUCAAGAACCGGGAGUCGGCCUGCCAGUCACGUCGCAAGAAGAAGGAGUAUCUGCAAGGGCUUGAGGCCCGGCUCCGCGCCGCACUCUGCGAGAACGAGAAGCUGCGUAGUGAGAAUGGCUGCCUGAGACGCCAGCUCGACGAGAUGGUGUCCGAGAACCAGAGGCUCAAGGUGCCCAACCCCAAACUCAGGCCCGUGUGUGUCAUGAUUGUCCUGGUGUUUCUUUUCUUCAACUACGGGCCCAGUAGCAUGCUUGAGGAGUCUAGGAAGCCAAGCCCCUCAAGGAGCCCCCUGCGUCCAGGCCGGCACCUUCUAGAAUUCUCCACCAAGGAGACAUCAGAAGCCUCAGAUGGGGUCAUCCCGAAAACCCAUUACAGGGCCCAGCACACUGUGUCGGAUAACAAGGCCCUGAUGGUGCUCAGGGAUGAGCCUCUGCUGUACAUCCCGCCACCUCCCUGCCGGCCCCUCAUCAACACCACUGAGUCACUCAGGCUGACCCAUGAGCUCCGAGGCUGGGUCCACAGGCAUGAAGUGGAGAGGACCAAGUCACGGAGGAUGACAAGCCGGCAGCAGAGAGGCCAGGCCCUGCAGGGUGCUCUGGAGCAGGGUUCGGGGUCCCAACUGAUGACCGUCCAGUACACGGACACCAGCACUCUCAGGAACCCUGGCAAUGAGCUGCAGGUGUACUAUGCAUCACCCCAGAGUUACCAGGACUUCUUUGAAGCCAUCCACAGGCGGGGAGACACAUUCUACGUCGUGUCAUUCCGGAGGGACCACCUGCUGUUGCCAGCCACCACCCACAACAAGACCAGCAGACCCAAGAUGUCCAUUGUACUGCCUGCCGUGGGCGUGAACGAGCACGUCAUCAAUGGGCAGGACUAUGAGGUGAUGAUGCAGAUCGACUGCCAGGUGAUGGACACUCGAGUCCUGCACAUCAAGAGCUCGGCUGUGCCGCCCUACCUGCGUGAGCCACGCAACCACACGCAUGCGGGCGCCUUCUACAGUGGUCCGGCAGCCACUGACACCCCGCAUGUGCUCAGCACUGUCCCCGAGGCCCUACAGUAGCUGCUGUGCCCAAUGCUCGGGCCUACCGGGUCCAUCCCUGUUUCCAUGAGUGGGUUAGCAGGGAGCUGAGUUAGUUUUCUAAGGGGCCCCAGCCUCAGGUGGAAGUGGGUGCUGGGAGGGUCUGGGGGGUGAGGGUCAUCUCAGGUGCAAUGUGGGGUUGCUUUCUGCUUUUUCCUUUAAAAAAAGGAAGAUUUUUCAGGGGCAUUGAAUGAGUUCUUCCUGUAGGGAAGCGGCCACAUUGGAUGGGAACCCUUCUGCCCUGCCCCUCACCACACAUACACACAUGUGCAUACACAUACACACACCGAAUGUGCCAUGAUUGGGAGGUCAUUGAGAUCCAAGAGAUAAGGAAGAUUGUGAGAGUUGGUGGUGGUGGCACAAAUUGGGGGCCCAGUGCUGUUGUAUGUCUUCCCGCUGGCCCCUGAGGGUUUUGUGGGAUCAUCAGGGAACUGUGUUCUCCAGGACACACAGGGCGUCUCCCGAAGCUCCUCUUUCAGGCUAGCUCCAGCCCUGGGCAAGGUGGGCAGUGCCUUGCUGAUAAACUGAGUAAUUUGGGGGGUGAGUUUUCUUUGGGAGGGGCAGCUCACAGGAGUUAAGGGGGGCAUGAUGGGGAAAUGUAUAUGACUUAAUUUAUUGUUUGGGUAGAAUUUUUCCAAUUUAAGGACAAACAAGUCGGAGGAAGGGCCUUUAGCAGGGGUCUGGGAGUGAAUUGGGCCAGUAUAGGGAGCUUCAGAGAGCAUUUCCCGGUAAUCCUAGAAUCAUGGGGAACUCUAGCCCCAAGCCUGGCAGGACAGAGCUGUGUAAGUACUUCUUAGAGAUAGCAGGGGAUCCUGGGGUGCUGCCAGGUGACCCCCAACACCAGUGCAGUGCCCGAUGCCCGUCUCCUGCUGCCUUGCCUACCAGCCACCAGGAACCGUUAAGCCCUUGAAGAGGAGCUUCUAGAACCUUAUAGCACCUUGUAGUUCUUUGCCAGGAGGAGCUGCUCCAUCGACACAGGCUGGGGGUGCCUUCACUGCUCCUUUCCACUGCCGACCUGAGUCAUACUGGGCAUGGCUCCACCUUCAAAGAGAGAGGAGGCAACUUUCUUCUGCAAGGGCUGUGCCGAGCCAUCACUUGUCAGCCUCUGCCUGAGCCUUUGGGGGCGCCUGUGGGUUCUACUGUCAGCUGGAGUGGGGUUGUGCUGGGCCUCUGUGGAACCCACAUAAAGUCUUCAAAGUGC